ACUAACCAAGAUACCAAUCUUUAGGCCUAGCAUGCAGUUAGCUCUCUACUGACGAUCUUUACUGAAAAGAAAAGGGUCAACUAACCAAGACAUCAUAAAGACAUGUACAUGUACGUGGACAGAAAACCGCACACGAAAACUUGACACUUUCUGAAUAAUGGCUCUCUCUACAGCGCUGAUUGCCAUCUCCUUGCUCUGUACAUACUGUCUAGUAGAUGGAUCGAAGCCUGUGUCAACAGUCCUCCGUUCGUACUGGCCUCAGACAUCAAUUAUUCUGGAAGCUAGUGAGUUCGUCAGUGAAUAUGAUCAGAGAGCAUUCUGGAGUUUUGUCGAGUCAACGCUUGAUUUGGACAAGUCAACGCUGAACGACAAAGAGCUUUAUGAGGCGGUGUUGGAUCGCAGCGAGCCACUGCUUUCCCCCACAGUGUACAGCCUCUUCAUACUCUCCCUAUCACUGCACACACACUCGCCCAUCGUGGAAAUGUUCAACCAGGUGGCACUGGAGAGACUUGCUGUGUUCGGUUCGGUCAGUUGCUCCUCAUUCAUUGAGAUCAGAGGAUCCCUCCAUUGCUCGAUUGAAGACGCCCUCUCCGCGCUUGACUCCUCCUCCAACAGUGAGACCACAGCCAUCUAUGAGUUCGACCACAUCCACCCUCGCUCGGUUGAGGGUGCUCCAACAGCUGUACUCUACACUGAGCUUGGUAGAGAAGGAUUUUCCUCGCUGCACACUACCAUGGUAACACUUGCUAAGGAGGGGAGAAUAAGAUAUGUCCUCAGGCACUACCAGUCGGAGCGUGGUGAUGUGAGGGUUGUGCUGAGUGGGUGGGGAGUGGAGCUGGCCAUUAAGAACUCAGAGUACAAGGCCGUGGAUGACUCAAAAGUCAAAGAGGAUGACUCCCGCGUUGUGGAACAAGCAGAUGAAGGUGGUGAGGACGUGGAGGGGUUCAUAUUCUCCACACUGAGAUCGCGACACCCUCACUUGAAAGAAAACUUAGAGGAGUUUCAAACUCACUUGCGACAUGCAACCAGAGAAUUACCAGAGCUUAAACUGUGGCAACUACAAGAACUUGGACUGCAAGCCGCCCAGCGUGUGAUGAGCUCCAGUCCACAGCUGGCUCUCAAGCUGCUCAAGGACAUUGCUCAAAGUGUGCCCAUGGCUGCUAAGUCUCUCUAUCGACUGCCAGUGGACAAGGAACUGAGGAGGGAGGUAGCUGCCAACCAGAAGGUGUUGGGUAGCAUGGGCAUAGGCCCAGGGAGCAGUGUGCUGCUACUCAAUGGAAUCAUCAUCCAGAAUGAAAACACUGAUAUAUUCCAGCUAAUUGAAAUGCUGAUGUCUGAGGCUCGGCUGCUAGAGGGGUUAUCAGGCCUGUCCAUCGGUCCCAGUGACCACGCCGCCCUCGCCAAACUUCCUGUCCACGCUGCAGACUCCAAUAGCUUCACAGUGGAUAUACGCAACGAGUCCAUCAUCUUUAUCAAUGAUCUGGAAAACGACCGACACUAUCGGGCAUGGCCAAAGUCACUAAGAGAAUUCAUGCAGCCAGCCUAUCCUGGUACUCUCAGACAAGUGGCUAGAAAUGUCUUCAAUAUUGUGUUCAUGAUUGACCCUGUGACCCCUGACGGCAAGGAAAUGGUGGAGUACAUCAAGCUGUUCCUGGAUCACAAUGUUCCGGCCAGACUGGGGGUGCUGUUGUUGCCUAGCAAUGACGAGGGGGUCAGCCUCUCCCGAGGGUUUGCUCAGCUGGUGAAGGACAAGUCACCUCGUGAUGCCUUCAAAUGGUUCAACAAGGUGCUGUCUAUAGGCAACUUGACUGUGGAGAGUGUCAGAACUCACUUUGAAGAGAAGUAUAAGAAAGAGAUUCAGGAAGACGAUACCCUCAUCCUGAAAUCUCGUGAGUUUUUCUCAAGCAAGGGAUUCGAUGAGGCCCCUCAAGUGCUGGUGAACGGUGUUCAGCUGGACGUGACAGAGGAUCUGGAGACUGGGAUCGUGGGCACUAUUCAGAAACAGAUGUACUCCAUACAGCAAGCAAUCUACACCAACAAGCUGAACGACCAGAUGAACGUGUAUGACUACCUGUUGAACAAGUCCAAUGUUCUAGAGCGUCUCAACAAACAUGUUGUCACCAAGGGGAAGCAGCUGGACUUAUCGGGAAGGGCUCUGGCAGAGAGGGAUGGCGUUCUGUCUGAUCGAGAGCUGUCCACACUCACGGCUAGCAAAGUACACUACUACAGCAAUGCCCAGGGAGAGUUCUUGACGAAAGAGUUGAGUGUGUGGGUGGUCGGUGACUACUCCACGGCUCAGACUAGACAGGCAGCACUGGAGGCUCUUCAAUUUGCAGACUCCGAUGACCGUGUGAGGGUUGGACUGAUACCAAGUUCCUCCUCUUCUCACGCUAGUCUCAUAGAGGCUAAUCUACGAUCGGGAGGGGACUGGUCUGUUGUCCGUCAGAUCCUCUCCACUGAGACCCCAAAGGAUGGCCAGCGGGGGCUUAGGUUUGAGACUGUAGCGGCUGGUAAUGAUGUCAUCAGAGAUCAUGUGACCUUUGUCUCCCAGACUGUGGGAGUAUCUCCUCAGUCAACCACCAUCAUAGCCAAUGGCAGAGUGGUUGGACCUCUGGGCCCUAACGACAGCUUCACCAAGGCAGACUACCAGCUGCUGGCCUCUGUGGAGUCCUCCCAGUACACCCAGUCCCUGGUAGAGCUUGUAAAUGACCUGACCAUUGAGGGCCUCGACGCAGACAAUGACACGAGCUCUUUUCGGAGUGAGCUACACAUGAAGCUAGCCUCUCUACUGCUGAGUCAGCCAAAGAGGCGGCGACUGGCUGAUCUACCAACACUCAAGACUGAACACAGUGUGCUCCAGUUGCCUGCUCCAGAGGGAGGCGUGGCUAUGAAGGUGGUGGCUAUCAUCGACCCCCUCUCCUCGGAGGCUCAGAAACUAGCCCCCCUGUUGCAAGUGUUGCAGGUAGCACUGCCCCUGGACAUCACACUGGUGCUAAAUCCUGUACCCAAGCUGACUGAAUUGCCAGUCAAAAGUUUCUAUCGCUAUGUACUUGAACCUGAGCUCUCCUUCACGUCAGAUGGGGCAGCUGUGACUCCGAUGGCUGUGUUCAGUGACCUCCCUCAGACCUCCCUUCUCACCCUUCACCUAGACGUUCCCCACUCUUGGCUGGUGGAGGCUGUCUGGUCUCCUCACGACCUCGACAACAUUCAUCUGGAUGGCGUAGUGGGGGGUGGGGUACAGGCUGACUUCCAACUUAAGAACAUACUAGUGGAAGGGCAAUGCUUUGAUGAGAGGUCUAGUCAACCCGUGCCUGGUCUGGAGUAUGUGCUGGGCACACGCAGUGCACCUGCCAAGUUUGACACUAUUGUCAUGGCCAACCUGGGCUACUUUCAACUCAAGGCGGGCCCCGGGGUCUGGGUGCUGCAGCUGAGAGAUGGCCGCUCAAGUCAAAUCUAUGCUAUUCAAAGUCACAUAGGUGGUGAUGACCAGCAAGAGUCUAGUAUUGGGAUUACAGUAAAGGAUUUCAAAGGUGCGGGGGUGGUGGUCUACGUUGCUAAGCGACCGGACAUGAAGUCGGCUCAGCUCCUCUCAGGAGAUGAGGAGGCCAACACUGGUAAAGAAGAGGAGAAAAAUCUGUGGGACAGUCUCUCCAGUUUCAUGGGAGGAGGGGAUGAGCCGAAGGAGGAGGAGAAGAGAGUGACUGUGGGCACUGAUGAGACCAUCAACAUCUUCUCUUUGGCCUCAGGGCACCUCUAUGAGAGAUUCCUAAGAAUUAUGAUGCUGAGUGUUCUCAAGCAAACGCAUAACCCAGUCAAGUUUUGGUUCCUCAAAAAUUUCCUCUCCCCAACUUUCAAGGAUUUUAUCCCCCACAUGGCACAACACUACGGGUUUGAGUACGAGCUUGUGGAGUACAAGUGGCCACGAUGGCUCCACGCACAAACUCAGAAACAGAGGAUCAUCUGGGGCUACAAGAUUCUCUUCUUGGACGUUUUGUUUCCUCUCUCCGUCAAGAAGAUCAUAUUUGUCGAUGCUGACCAGAUUGUGCGUACUGACCUGCGUGAACUGUUGGAGAUAGACCUUCAUGGUGCCCCUUACGCUUACACUCCCUUCUGUGAUAGCAGGCCAGACAUGGCUGGAUUCAGAUUCUGGGAUUCAGGUUACUGGAAGAAUCAUCUGGGCAACAGACGCUACCACAUCAGUGCCCUGUAUGUUAUUGACCUGCUUCGGUUUAGACAGCUGGCUGCAGGUGAUCGACUGAGAGGCCAGUACCAGGCCCUUUCGCAGGAUCCCAACAGUCUGGCCAACCUGGACCAGGACCUGCCCAACAACAUGAUCCAUGCCGUACCCAUACACUCACUCCCCCAGGAGUGGCUGUGGUGUGAGACUUGGUGCAGCCUGGAGUCAAAGAGUGCUGCUAAGACAAUUGAUUUGUGCAAUAACCCUCUGACGAAGGAGCCUAAACUGAAUGCAGCUGUUCGUAUAGUCCCAGAGUGGACGUCCUAUGACAACGAGAUCAAAGAGCUGAUGCAGGCUGACAACAGUACGCCUCAGGACUCCCCUAAACACACUCAUACUGAACUCUAGAAGAAAUAUCUUGAAGCUAUAAUUCAAAAUCAUCAUUACCCUGUGUUGUUUUGUUAUGCAGUGGUAUUUCCUGGUAUUGUUAUAUACAAUGAA